AUGUGGUCGUUGCCGGCCAGUGAGGGCGAGAGUGCCACGGCCCACUUCUUCCUUGGAGCUGGAGAUGAGGGGCUGGGCACCCGUGGAAUAGGCAUGAGGACAGAAGAGAGUGACAGCGAGCUCCUUGAGGAUGAGGAGGAUGAAGUGCCUCCUGAACCUCAGAUCAUUGUUGGCAUCUGUGCCAUGACCAAGAAAUCCAAGUCCAAGCCAAUGACCCAAAUCCUAGAGCGACUUUGCAGAUUUGACUACCUAACUGUUAUCAUCCUGGGAGAAGACGUGAUCCUCAAUGAACCUGUGGAAAACUGGCCAUCUUGCCACUGCCUCAUCUCUUUCCACUCCAAAGGAUUUCCUCUGGACAAAGCUGUUGCUUACUCCAAGCUUCGAAACCCCUUUCUUAUCAAUGACCUGGCUAUGCAGUAUUACAUCCAGGAUAGGAGGGAGGUGUACCGGAUCCUGCAGGAGGAAGGUAUUGAUCUGCCUCGAUAUGCUGUGCUCAAUCGUGACCCUGCCCGGCCUGAGGAGUGCAACCUGAUAGAAGGUGAAGACCAGGUAGAGGUAAAUGGAGCUGUCUUUCCCAAGCCCUUUGUGGAGAAGCCAGUGAGUGCAGAGGACCAUAAUGUUUACAUCUACUACCCCAGUUCAGCUGGAGGAGGAAGUCAGCGCCUCUUCCGAAAGAUUGGCAGCCGAAGCAGUGUUUACUCUCCUGAGAGCAGCGUCCGAAAGACAGGAUCAUACAUCUAUGAGGAGUUUAUGCCAACAGAUGGCACAGAUGUCAAGGUAUAUACAGUGGGACCAGAUUAUGCCCAUGCUGAAGCCAGAAAAUCUCCAGCUCUCGAUGGGAAGGUCGAACGAGACAGUGAAGGGAAAGAGAUUCGAUAUCCAGUCAUGCUGACUGCCAUGGAAAAGCUGGUGGCCAGGAAAGUCUGUGUAGCUUUUAAGCAAACAGUUUGUGGUUUUGACCUUCUUCGUGCCAAUGGUCACUCCUUUGUGUGUGAUGUCAAUGGCUUCAGUUUUGUCAAGAAUUCGAUGAAAUACUAUGAUGACUGUGCCAAGAUCCUGGGGAACACCAUCAUGCGGGAGCUUGCUCCACAGUUCCAGAUCCCAUGGUCCAUCCCCACAGAGGCUGAGGACAUUCCCAUUGUCCCUACCACAUCUGGCACUAUGAUGGAACUCCGUUGUGUCAUUGCAAUUAUCCGUCAUGGAGAUCGUACUCCCAAGCAGAAAAUGAAGAUGGAGGUGACACAUCCAAGAUUUUUCAGUCUGUUUGAAAAACAUGGUGGCUACAAGACAGGGAAAUUAAAACUGAAGCGGCCUGAGCAGCUACAGGAGGUGCUGGACAUCACAAGGCUGUUACUGGCUGAACUGGAGAAAGAACCAGGUGGUGAGAUCGAAGAGAAGACUGGGAAACUAGAGCAGCUGAAGUCUGUGCUGGAGAUGUAUGGUCAUUUCUCAGGCAUCAAUCGGAAGGUGCAGUUGACUUACUACCCUCAUGGAGUAAAAGCUACUAAUGAGGGGCAAGAUCCACAGCGGGAGGCCCUAUCCCCUUCUCUGUUGCUGGUACUGAAGUGGGGUGGAGAACUGACUCCUGAUGGCCGUGUUCAGGCUGAGGAGCUGGGAAGAGCUUUUCGCUGCAUGUACCCUGGAGGACAGGGUGACUAUGCUGGCUUCCCUGGUUGUGGGCUGCUUCGUCUCCAUAGCACUUUCCGCCAUGAUCUCAAGAUCUAUGCCUCUGAUGAGGGCCGUGUCCAGAUGACUGCUGCUGCCUUUGCUAAGGGCCUUCUGGCUCUAGAAGGGGAGCUAACACCCAUUUUGGUACAAAUGGUGAAGAGUGCCAACAUGAAUGGGCUACUGGACAGCGAUGGCGAUUCCUUGAGCAGCUGCCAGCACCGGGUGAAGGCUCGACUGCACCAUAUUUUGCAACAGGAUGCACCCUUUGGUCCUGAGGAUUAUGAUCAGCUCGCUCCCACUGGAAGCACUUCCCUCCUCAACUCCAUGGCUAUCAUCCAGAAUCCUGUAAAGGUCUGUGAUCAGGUAUUUGCCCUGAUUGAAAACCUCACUCAUCAGAUCCGGGAAAGGAUGCAGGACCCCAAGUCUGUAGACCUGCAACUCUACCACAGUGAGACUCUAGAGCUCAUGCUACAGCGUUGGAGCAAGCUAGAGCGUGACUUUCGACAGAAGAGUGGGCGCUAUGAUAUCAGUAAGAUCCCUGACAUCUAUGACUGUGUCAAGUAUGAUGUGCAGCACAAUGGGAGUCUGGGACUUCAAGGCACAGCAGAGUUACUACGUCUCUCUAAGGCCCUGGCUGAUGUGGUCAUUCCCCAGGAAUACGGGAUCAGUCGGGAGGAGAAACUGGAAAUUGCUGUGGGCUUCUGUCUUCCACUGUUGCGGAAGAUACUACUUGACCUGCAGAGAACCCACGAGGAUGAGUCUGUCAACAAGCUGCAUCCCCUGUACUCUCGAGGGGUGCUCUCCCCAGGUCGCCAUGUUCGAACACGUCUCUAUUUCACCAGUGAAAGCCAUGUCCAUUCCCUACUCAGUGUAUUCCGUUAUGGGGGACUUCUUGAUGAGACCCAGGAUGCACAAUGGCAGCGAGCUUUGGCUUAUCUUAGUGCCAUUUCAGAGCUCAACUAUAUGACCCAGAUUGUCAUCAUGCUUUAUGAGGACAACACACGGGAUCCCUUAUCAGAGGAGCGGUUCCAUGUGGAGCUACACUUCAGCCCUGGAGUGAAAGGUGUUGAGGAAGAAGGCAACGCCCCAACUGGCUAUGGAUUCCGUCCAGCUUCUUCUGAGAAUGAAGAGAUGAAAGCAGACCAAGGCAGCAUGGAGAACCUGUGCCCAGGGAAGGCAUCGGAUGAGCCAGACCGGGCAUUGCAGACUUCACCUCAGCCCCCUGAGGGCCCUGGCCUCCCAAGGAGAUCACCCCUCAUUCGUAACCGAAAAGCCGGCUCCAUGGAGGUGCUUUCUGAGACUUCAUCCUCGAGGCCUGGUGGCUACCGGCUCUUUUCAUCUGCACGGCCACCAACGGAGAUGAAGCAGAGUGGCCUAGGCUCACAGUGCACAGGGCUGUUCAGCACCACAGUGCUGGGUGGCUCCUCCAGCGCUCCGAAUCUUCAGGACUACGCCCGCAGCCAUGGCAAAAAGCUACCACCUGCCAGUCUCAAGCACCGAGAUGAGCUCUUGUUUGUCCCGGCCGUAAAACGAUUUUCUGUGUCGUUUGCAAAGCAUCCGACUAACGGAUUUGAAGGGUGUUCCAUGGUGCCUACCAUAUACCCUCUGGAAACACUGCAUAAUGCCCUUUCCCUGCGUCAAGUGAGUGAAUUCCUGAGUAGCGUCUGCCAGCGCCACACUGAUGCCCAAGCACAGGCAUCUGCAGCCCUCUUUGACUCUAUGCACAGCAACCAGGCCUCAGAUAGCCCAUUUUCCCCACCCCGUACUCUGCAUUCACCUACCCUACAACUCCGGCAGCGCUCUGAGAAGCCCCCUUGGUACAGCAGUGGUCCUUCCAGUACUGUGUCCAGUGCUGGUCCUUCCUCCCCUACUGCAGUGGAUGGUAACUGCCAUUUUGGCUUCAGUGAUCAACCUUCUGUAAGUUCACACAUGAUUGAAGAACAUCAAGGCCUUGGGAUGCUCCCUGGGAAUGGAGAACAAGAGUUCCCCAUUGAAGGGAUGCAAGAGCCUAUUGAACCAAGCCAGUCUUCACAAGAACCACCUGUGGAAACCAGCCAGCCAUGCCAGGAAGUUUCUGAGGAGAUCAGUCAGCCAUGCCAGGAGGUCCCUGACAUCAGCCAGCCAUGCCAAGACAUCCCUGAAGAGUUCAGCCAGCCAUGCCAGGAGGUCCCUGUCAUCAGCCAGCCAUGCCAGAAGGAUCAUGAUAAUGUUAACCAGAUAUGCCAGGAGGUCCCUCAAAUCCACCAGCCAUGCCAGAAGGCGAGCCAACUGUGCCAGAAAAUCUCUGAGGAAGCUUGCCAUCUUUGCCAGGAGAACCCUGAGGAGGUCAGCCGGCCAUGCCAGGAGGUCUCUGUGGAGGUUGGCAGGCUGGCCCAUGGGUUCCCUGUAGGGGUUGGUGGCCUGGUCCAGGAAAUUGGUGUAGAAGUUGGCAAGCCAGCCCAAGAGAUCCCUGAGGAGCUCAGCGAGUCAUGCCAGUUCUUUGUAGAGGUUGGCAGGCUAAUCCAAGAGGCUUCUGCAAUCAAUCUGUUGUCUCAGGACAUUCCUGAGGUAGAUAAACCAUCCCAAGAGUUUCCUGGGGAGGAUGAUCUGCAGGUACAGGAGGUCCCUGAGGUUAAUCAGCAGUCCUGGGUGGUCCGUGAGGUGACUGACCAGCUGCCUGGAGAGGAUAUUCCCCAAGCCCAGUAUCAAUCUAGUGAUCCAAACCCUCAGAGCCAGUCUCUAGCCUGUAACCAGCACUCACCCCUUCCACCAGCAACAUGUGAUUAA